AUGGAUGUGAAGGAGCGGAGGCCCUACUGCUCCCUGACCAAGGGCAGGCGUGAGAAGGAGCGGCGGCACACCAACUCCUCGGCCGACGAGGAGUGCAGGGUGCCCACGCAGAAGUCCUACAGCUCCAGCGAGACCCUGAAGGCCUUCGACCACGACUCCUCCCGGCUGCUCUACGGGAACAGGGUGAAGGACCUGGUUCACCGGGAAGCGGAUGAGUACAGCAGACAAGGACAGAAUUUUACCCUAAGGCAGUUAGGCGUGUGCGAACCAGCAACUCGACGAGGACUGGCCUUUUGUGCGGAAAUGGGGCUGCCCCACAGAGGUUACUCUCUCAGUGCAGGGUCCGACGCGGACACCGAGAACGAGGCGGUGAUGUCCCCGGAGCACGCCAUGCGGCUGUGGGGCCGGGGCGUCAAGUCCGGCCGCAGCUCCUGCCUGUCCAGCCGCUCCAACUCGGCCCUCACGCUCACCGACACGGAGCACGAGAACAAGUCGGACAGCGAGAGCGAGCAACCUGCCAACGGCCAAGGCCAGUCCACGCUGCAGCCGCUGCCCCCGGCCCACAAGCAGCACGCGGCCCAGCACCACCCGUCCGUCACCUCCCUCAACAGGAACUCCCUGACCAGCAGGAGGACCCAGAGCCCGGCCCCGCCGGCUGCGCUGCCCGCCGAGCUGCAAACCACGCCCGAGUCCGUCCAGCUGCAGGACAGCUGGGUCCUUGGCAGUAAUGUUCCACUGGAAAGCAGGCAUUUCCUAUUCAAAACAGGGACGGGGACCACGCCACUGUUCAGCACCGCGACCCCGGGAUACACCAUGGCUUCGGGCUCCGUGUACUCGCCGCCUACCCGGCCGCUGCCCAGAAACACGCUGUCGAGGAGUGCUUUCAAGUUCAAGAAGUCCUCGAAGUACUGCAGCUGGAAGUGCACGGCCCUGUGCGCCCUAGGCGUGUCCGUGCUCCUGGCCGUCCUCCUGUCCUACUUCAUAGCAAUGCAUCUCUUCGGCCUCAACUGGCAGCUGCAGCAGACGGAAAACGACACGUUUGAAAACGGGAAAGUGAACGCGGACACCGUGCCCACGCACACCGUGGCGCUGCCGGCCGGCGACAGCGGAAAAUUAGGCGGAUUCACACAAGAAAAUAACACCAUAGAUUCCGGAGAACUUGAUAUCGGCCGGAGAGCGCUUCAAGAGGUGCCCCCCGGCGUCUUCUGGAGGUCACAGCUCUUUAUCGAUCAGCCACAGUUUCUGAAAUUCAAUAUCUCUCUUCAGAAGGAUGCAUUGAUCGGCGUGUACGGCCGAAAAGGCUUGCCCCCUUCCCAUACUCAGUACGACUUUGUCGAGCUCCUGGAUGGCAGCAGGUUGAUCGCGAGAGAGCGGAACCUUCUGGAAUCAGAGCGAGCCGGGCGGCGGGCGCGGUCCGUGAGUCUCCACGAGGCCGGCUUCAUCCAGUACCUGGAUUCUGGCAUCUGGCACCUGGCUUUCUACAACGACGGGAAGAACGCGGAGCAGGUGUCCUUCAACACCAUCGUCAUAGAGUCCGUGGUGGAAUGCCCCCGAAAUUGCCAUGGAAACGGAGAGUGCGUGUCGGGCACUUGCCACUGUUUCCCGGGAUUUCUGGGUCCGGAUUGUUCGAGAGCAGCCUGCCCCGUGCUGUGCAGCGGCAACGGCCAGUACUCCAAGGGCCGCUGCCUGUGCUUCAGCGGCUGGAAGGGCACCGAGUGCGACGUGCCCGCCACGCAGUGCAUCGACCCGCAGUGCGGCGGCCGCGGCCUCUGCAUCAUGGGCUCCUGCGCCUGCAACUCGGGCUACAAAGGCGAGAACUGCGAGGAAGCUGACUGUCUCGACCCCGGCUGUUCGAAUCACGGCGUGUGCAUCCACGGGGAGUGCCACUGCAACCCGGGCUGGGGAGGAAGCAACUGUGAGAUCCUGAAGACCAUGUGUCCAGACCAGUGCUCUGGGCACGGGACGUACCUUCAGGAGAGCGGCUCCUGCACCUGUGACCCCAACUGGACCGGCCCAGACUGCUCAAACGAAAUCUGCUCCGUGGACUGCGGCUCGCACGGGGUCUGCAUGGGGGGCACGUGUCGCUGCGAGGAAGGCUGGACGGGCCCCGCCUGCAACCAGAGAGCCUGCCACCCUCGCUGCGCGGAGCACGGGACCUGCAAGGACGGCAAGUGCGAGUGCAGCCAGGGCUGGAACGGGGAGCACUGCACCAUCGCUCACUAUUUGGAUAAGAUAGUUAAAGAGGGCUGCCCCGGGCUCUGCAACAGCAACGGCAGGUGCACGCUGGACCAGAACGGCUGGCACUGCGUCUGCCAGCCAGGCUGGCGAGGAGCGGGCUGCGACGUGGCCAUGGAGACCCUGUGCACGGACAGCAAGGACAACGAGGGAGAUGGCCUCACCGACUGCAUGGACCCCGACUGCUGCUUGCAGAGCUCCUGCCAGAACCAGCCCUACUGCCGCGGGCGGCCCGACCCACAGGACGUCAUCAGCCAGAGCCCCCAGUCCCCGUCCCAGCAGGCGGCCAAGUCCUUCUACGAGCGCAUCGGCUUCCUCACCGGGGCCGAGAGCACCCACGUGAUCCCCGGGGAGAGUCCUUUCAACAAGAGCCUCGCGUCCGUCAUCAGAGGCCAAGUGCUGACUGCGGACGGCACGCCACUCAUCGGCGUCAACGUCUCGUUUUUCCAUUACCCAGAGUAUGGCUACACCAUCACCCGGCAGGACGGCAUGUUUGAUUUGGUGGCAAAUGGCGGGGCCUCUCUCACUCUGGUGUUUGAGCGAUCCCCGUUCCUCACUCAGUACCACACCGUGUGGAUCCCCUGGAACGUCUUCUACGUGAUGGACACCCUGGUCAUGAAGAAAGAGGAGAAUGACAUCCCCAGCUGUGAUCUGAGUGGGUUUGUGAGGCCCAAUCCUAUCAUCGUGUCAUCGCCUUUAUCCACCUUCUUCCGGUCGUCUCCCGAAGACAGUCCCAUCAUCCCUGAAACGCAGGUGCUCCAUGAAGAGACCACAAUCCCGGGCACAGACCUCAGACUGUCCUACCUGAGCUCCAGAGCUGCCGGCUACAAGUCCGUCCUCAAGGUCACCAUGACCCAGGCCGUGAUUCCCUUCAAUCUGAUGAAGGUCCACCUCAUGGUAGCUGUCGUAGGAAGACUCUUUCAAAAGUGGUUUCCCGCCUCACCAAACUUGGCCUACACCUUCAUAUGGGACAAAACAGACGCGUAUAAUCAGAAGGUCUAUGGUCUGUCUGAAGCUGUCGUGUCGGUGGGAUAUGAGUACGAGUCAUGCUUGGACCUGACCCUGUGGGAGAAGAGAACUGCCAUUUUGCAAGGCUACGAACUGGACGCUUCCAACAUGGGCGGCUGGACACUGGAUAAACAUCACGUGUUGGAUGUUCAGAAUGGCAUCCUGUACAAGGGGAACGGGGAGAACCAGUUCAUCUCCCAGCAGCCCCCGGUGGUCAGCAGCAUCAUGGGCAACGGGCGCAGGCGCAGCAUCUCCUGCCCCAGCUGCAACGGGCAGGCGGACGGGAACAAGCUGCUGGCCCCCGUGGCCUUGGCCUGCGGAAUCGACGGCAGCCUGUACGUCGGGGAUUUCAACUACGUUCGCCGGAUAUUCCCUUCCGGGAACGUGACGAGCGUUCUAGAACUCAGAAAUAAAGAUUUUAGACAUAGCAGCAACCCAGCUCAUAGAUACUACCUGGCCACCGACCCUGUCACCGGAGACUUGUACGUUUCGGACACUAACACCCGCAGGAUUUAUCGCCCCAAGUCGCUGACCGGGGCGAAGGACUUGACGAAAAAUGCAGACGUGGUCGCAGGGACGGGGGAGCAAUGCCUGCCCUUCGAUGAAGCCAGAUGUGGGGACGGGGGCAAGGCUGUGGAGGCGACACUCAUGAGUCCCAAAGGAAUGGCAGUUGAUAAGAAUGGAUUGAUCUACUUCGUUGAUGGAACCAUGAUCAGAAAAGUCGAUCAGAAUGGAAUCAUCUCGACCCUCCUGGGCUCUAAUGACCUGACGUCAGCCAGACCUUUAACCUGUGACACGAGCAUGCACAUCAGCCAGGUGCGUCUGGAGUGGCCCACCGACCUCGCCAUUAACCCCAUGGACAACUCCAUCUACGUGCUGGACAACAACGUGGUGCUGCAGAUCACCGAGAACCGCCAGGUGCGCAUCGCCGCCGGCCGGCCCAUGCACUGCCAGGUGCCGGGGGUGGAGUACUCCGUGGGCAAGCUCGCCGUGCAGACGACGCUGGAGUCCGCCACGGCCAUCGCCGUGUCCUACAGCGGGGUCCUGUACAUCACGGAAACCGACGAGAAGAAGAUCAACCGCAUCCGGCAGGUCACGACCGACGGCGAGAUCUCCUUGGUGGCCGGCAUCCCGUCGGAGUGCGACUGCAAGAACGACGCCAACUGCGACUGCUACCAGGCGGGCGACGGCUACGCCAAAGACGCCAAGCUCAGCGCCCCGUCGUCCCUCGCGGCGUCCCCGGACGGCACCCUGUACAUCGCGGACCUGGGGAACAUCCGCAUCCGGGCGGUGUCCAAGAACAGGCCGCUCCUCAACUCCAUGAACUUCUACGAAGUGGCCUCGCCGACCGACCAGGAGCUCUACAUCUUCGACAUCAACGGCACGCACCAGUACACCGUGAGCCUGGUCACCGGGGACUACCUGUACAACUUCAGCUACAGCAACGACAACGACAUCACCGCCGUGACCGACAGCAACGGCAACACCCUGCGGAUCCGACGGGACCCCAACCGGAUGCCGGUCCGAGUGGUGUCUCCGGACAACCAGGUGAUAUGGCUGACCAUCGGCACGAACGGGUGUCUGAAGAGCAUGACGGCGCAAGGGCUGGAGCUGGUUUUGUUCACUUACCACGGCAACAGCGGCCUGCUGGCCACCAAGAGCGACGAAACCGGGUGGACGACCUUCUUUGACUACGACAGCGAAGGUCGCCUGACCAACGUCACCUUUCCGACGGGCGUGGUCACCAACCUCCACGGCGACAUGGACAGGGCCAUCACCGUGGACCUGGAGUCGUCCAGCAGAGAUGAGGACGUCAGCAUCACUUCCAAUCUGUCCUCCAUCGACUCCUUCUACACCAUGGUUCAAGACCAGCUGAGAAACAGCUACCAGAUCGGCUACGACGGCUCCCUGAGGAUCAUCUACGCCAGCGGGCUCGACUCCCACUACCAGACGGAGCCGCACGUGCUGGCCGGCACCGCCAACCCAACCAUGGCCAAGCGGAACAUGACCCUCCCCGGGGAGAACGGCCAGAACCUGGUGGAGUGGAGGUUCCGGAAGGAGCAAGCCCAAGGGAAAGUCAACGUCUUCGGCCGAAAGCUCAGGGUCAACGGCAGGAACCUCCUUUCCGUCGACUUCGAUCGAACCACGAAGACAGAGAAGAUCUACGACGACCACCGCAAAUUCCUGCUGCGGAUCGCCUACGACACGUCGGGGCACCCGACGCUCUGGCUGCCGAGCAGCAAGCUGAUGGCCGUCAACGUCACCUACGCGUCCACGGGGCAGAUCGCCAGCAUCCAGCGCGGCACCACCAGCGAGAAGGUGGACUACGACGGCCAGGGGCGCAUCGUGUCCCGGGUCUUCGCGGACGGUAAAACGUGGAGUUACACCUACUUGGAAAAGUCCAUGGUGCUCCUGCUGCACAGCCAGCGCCAGUACAUCUUCGAGUACGACCUGUGGGACCGGCUGUCGGCCAUCACCAUGCCCAGCGUGGCGCGCCACACCAUGCAGACCGUCCGCUCCGUCGGCUACUACCGCAACAUCUACAACCCCCCGGAGAGCAACGCCUCCGUCAUCACGGACUACAACGAGGCGGGGCUGCUGCUGCAGACGGCCUUCCUGGGCACCAGCCGGCGGGUGCUGUUCAAGUACCGGAGGCUGACGCGGCUCUCCGAGGUCCUCUACGACAGCACGCGGGUCAGCUUCACCUACGACGAGGCGGCGGGCGUGCUGAAGACGGUGAACCUGCAGAGCGACGGCUUCAUCUGCACCAUCCGGUACCGGCAGAUCGGCCCCCUCGUCGACAGGCAGAUCUUCCGCUUCAGCGAGGACGGGAUGGUCAACGCGCGGUUCGACUACAGCUACGACAACAGCUUCCGGGUCACCAGCAUGCAGGGGGUCAUCAACGAGACGCCGCUGCCCAUCGACCUCUACCAGUUCGACGACAUCUCCGGCAAAGUCGAGCAGUUUGGCAAGUUCGGCGUCAUCUACUACGACAUCAACCAGAUCAUCUCCACGGCCGUGAUGACGUACACCAAGCACUUCGACGCCCACGGCCGCAUCAAGGAGAUUCAGUACGAGAUCUUCCGGUCCCUCAUGUACUGGAUCACCAUCCAGUACGACAACAUGGGCCGGGUCACCAAGAGGGAGAUCAAGAUAGGGCCCUUCGCCAACACGACCAAGUACGCCUACGAGUAUGACGUGGACGGCCAGCUCCAGACCGUGUACCUCAACGAGAAGAUCAUGUGGCGCUACAACUACGACCUGAACGGGAACCUCCACCUGCUGAACCCCAGUAACAGCGCGCGCCUGACCCCGCUCCGCUACGACCUGCGAGACAGGAUCACCCGCCUGGGGGACGUCCAGUACCGGCUGGACGAAGACGGUUUCCUGCGACAGAGAGGCACGGAGAUCUUCGAGUACAGCUCCAAGGGGCUCCUCACGCGGGUUUACAGCAAAGGCAGCGGCUGGACCGUGAUCUACCGCUACGACGGCCUGGGCAGGCGCGUUUCCAGCAAGACCAGCCUGGGACAGCACCUGCAGUUUUUCUACGCCGACCUCAUCUACCCCACGAGGAUCACUCACGUCUACAACCACUCGAGCUCAGAAAUCACCUCCCUCUACUACGAUCUCCAGGGACACCUGUUUGCCAUGGAGAUCAGCAGCGGGGACGAGUUCUACAUCGCGUCCGACAACACCGGGACGCCGCUGGCCGUCUUCAGCAGCAACGGGCUCAUGCUGAAGCAGAUUCAGUACACCGCCUACGGCGAAAUCUACUUCGACUCCAAUAUUGACUUUCAGCUGGUCAUUGGGUUUCACGGUGGCCUGUAUGACCCACUCACAAAACUGAUCCACUUCGGAGAAAGGGAUUACGACAUUUUGGCAGGACGGUGGACAACGCCCGACAUAGAAAUCUGGAGGAGAAUCGGGAAGGACCCGGCUCCUUUUAACCUGUACAUGUUCCGGAAUAACAAUCCUGCAAGCAAAAUCCAUGAUGUGAAAGACUACAUCACAGAUGUCAACAGCUGGCUGGUGACGUUUGGCUUCCACCUGCACAACGCCAUCCCUGGGUUCCCCGUCCCCAAGUUCGACCUGACGGAGCCUUCCUACGAGCUGGUGAAGAGUCAGCAGUGGGACGAUGUCCCGCCCAUUUUCGGAGUCCAGCAACAAGUGGCGAGGCAGGCCAAGGCCUUCCUGUCCCUGGGGAAGAUGGCCGAGGUCCAGGUGAGCCGGCGCAAGGGCGGCGGCGCGCCGUCGUGGCUGUGGUUCGCCACCGUCAAGUCGCUGAUCGGCAAGGGCGUCAUGCUGGCCGUCAGCCAGGGCCGCGUGCAGACCAACGUGCUCAACAUCGCCAACGAGGACUGCAUCAAGGUGGCGGCCGUGCUCAACAACGCCUUCUACCUGGAGAACCUGCACUUCACCAUCGAGGGCAAGGACACGCACUACUUCAUCAAGACCAGCACGCCCGAGAGCGACCUGGGCACGCUGCGGCUGACCAGCGGCCGCAAGGCCCUGGAGAACGGCAUCAACGUGACCGUGUCGCAGUCCACCACCGUGGUCAACGGCAGGACGCGCAGGUUCGCCGACGUGGAGAUGCAGUUCGGCGCGCUGGCGCUGCACGUGCGCUACGGCAUGACCCUGGACGAGGAGAAGGCGCGCAUCCUGGAGCAGGCGCGGCAGCGCGCGCUCGCCCGGGCCUGGGCGCGCGAGCAGCAGCGGGUGCGCGACGGCGAGGAGGGCGCGCGCCUCUGGACGGAGGGCGAGAAGCGGCAGCUGCUGAGCGCGGGCAAGGUGCAGGGCUACGACGGCUACUACGUGCUGUCGGUGGAGCAGUACCCGGAGCUGGCCGACAGCGCCAACAACAUCCAGUUCCUGCGGCAGAGCGAGAUCGGCAAGAGGUAA